AUGAUAAAUGAAAUCCAGGAAACUGAAGAUGCGCAGAAAUCUGGAUCAUCAUCACUUGCACCCUCACUUCCUAGUUGUCAGUCCAGCCAGCUAGCGUCAAUGGAUUCACUAACAGUAGUUUUGACGUCGUCGCUAAUGCUCUGUUUUUCCGUCGUCUCAACCACGUCACUUCUCGACACCAUUGCGCCAGGCCAGUCCAUCAGAGACGGAGAGACCAUCAUCUCCACCGGCCGGAGUUUCGAGCUCGGAUUCUUCAGCCCGGGAACUUCAAGCACCCGUUAUUUGGGCAUCUGGUACAAAAAAUACGCCGCCGGCACCGUUGUCUGGGUCGCAAACAGAGAAACCCCAAUCCUCGACCGCUCCGGAGUCCUCAAUUUCACUCGCCAGGGGGUUCUCCUCCUUCUCCGCGACGACGGCGGCAAAAGCGACGUCGUUUGGUCGUCGGCCAAUUUGACUAAACCACCAAGGAAUCCAACCGCCCAGCUCUUGGAUUCAGGAAAUUUCGUGGUCAGAGAUGGAAAUUCGAAAAUUUCCAAUGAUGGUGAUUACUUGUGGCAGAGCUUCGAUUACCCGACGGAUACGACCCUGCCGGGGAUGAAACUCGGGAGAAAUCUGGUGACCGGAAGGGACUGGACGAUCACGUCGUGGAAAUCUCCAAACAAUCCGGCGAGAGGAGAGUUCAGCCUCGGGAUCGAUCCACGUGGCUACCCGCAAUUGGUCCUGAAACAGGGGAACACGACAAUAUACAGGGGAGGGUCAUGGAACGGGGUCCGGUGGACCGGUUCGCCCAGGCAGCAGCCGAACCCGGUUUACGAUUACCGGUUCGUGUUCGACGACAGGGAGGUCGCCUUCUCGUUCGACCUGCUCAACGACUCGCUGCUGUCGAGGAUGGUGGUGAACUCGACCGGUGCGACGGGGCGGUUCAACUGGAAGGACGACAAGCACGGGUGGGUGGUCUACUACCUCAUGGGGGCGGACCAGUGCGACAUAUUCGCCAAGUGCGGUCCGAGUGCUAGCUGCGACAUGGACGGGACGAAUUACUGUAACUGUUUGGAUGGGUUCAAACCCGGUUCGCCCGGGGAUUGGAGCACCCGGGACUGGUCCGGUGGGUGCAUCACGACGGCUCCGUUGGGGUACUGCAAGAAAGGGGAAGGGUUCGUUCGGGUUCAGAGGGUGAAGCUGCCCGAUACAUCCGGGUCGUGGUUCGACCGGAGUAUGAGCCUCAAGGAUUGUAAGCAGAAGUGUUUGAAGAACUGUUCUUGCACGGCUUACACGAGUCUGGAUAUUACGCGGGGAGGGAGUGGGUGCUUGCUCUGGUUCGGUGGGUUGGUUGAUUUGAGGUCGUUUCCUGAUAUUGGGCAGGAUCUCUAUGUGAAGGUGGCUGCUUCCUAUUUAGGGUUCAUGAAGAAGAAGAAAAGGAAGGCUGGAGGGAUGAGGAUUGCGAUGUUGAUAUGUUCAAUAGCAGUGGUGGUGGCAGUAAUCGUGUUGGGAUGGAGACUGUGUGUUAGGAAAAUGAAACAGAGAUAUCAAGGGAAAAAGAGAGCAAAGAACUACAACAAUGACGAUUUGGAGUUGCCAAUAUUUGAUUUUACCAUGAUCAUGAAUGCCACCGGUGGCUUUUCGGACGAUAAUAAGCUCGGAGAAGGUGGAUUCGGGCCUGUUUAUAGGGGAACAUUAUGUGACGGACAAGUGAUAGCGGUGAAGCGGCUGUCCACGAGUUCCGGACAAGGGCUGGAAGAGUUCAAGAACGAGGUUGUGCUGAUCUCCAAGCUCCAGCACCGAAAUCUCGUACGAUUACUUGGAUGUUGCAUUGAAGGUGCUGAAAGGAUGUUGGUAUACGAAUACAUGCCCAACAAGAGUUUGGAUUACUUCAUUUUCGAGGAAUCAAGAAGCAAAGUCUUGGAUUGGCAAAGAAGAAUCAGCAUAAUCGACGGAAUCGCAAGAGGGCUUCUGUACUUGCAUCAGGAUUCGAGGCUAAGGAUAAUUCACAGAGAUCUAAAGGCCAGUAAUGUUUUGCUCGACAUUGAUCUGAAUCCAAAAAUCUCUGACUUUGGAAUGGCUAGAAUGUUUGGAGGGGACCAAACCGAGGCUAGUACAAAUCGAGUUGUGGGAACAUUUGGAUACAUGGCUCCAGAAUACGCCAUAGACGGGCUGUUUUCGAUGAAAUCGGACAUUUUCAGCUUCGGAGUUCUGGUCCUAGAAGUGUUGAGUGGGAGGAAAAACAGGGGAUUUUUCACGAGUGAUCAUGGCCUCAACCUUCUUGGACAUGUAUGGAAGCUGUGGAUGGAAGAGAAGCCACUGGAACUAGUGAAAGAAGAUCAAAGGCAGCUGGUGGUGUCUGAUUCAAGGCUUGUGGCGCUGAUUAAGAGGCACAUUCAUGUGGGUUUGUUGUGCGUGCAACAGGAACCUGACGAUCGUCCCAACAUGUCGACGGUGGUGCUGAUGUUGGGAGGAGACAGCAAGUUGCCGGAGCCAAAGCCGCCGGGGUUCUUUGCCGAGAGAAAAGUGCCGGAGACUGACUCCUCCUCUUCCUAUUCAUACUAUAAAUCGCGUUCCAUCGGUCAGUCCAUCAAAGACGGAGAAACCAUCAACUCGACCGGCCGGUCGUUCGAGCUCGGAUUCUUCAGCCCCGGAACUUCAACCAACCGCUAUUUGGGGAUCUGGUACAAAAAAUACGCCACCGGUACCGUCGUCUGGGUAGCAAACAGAGAAGCCCCUCUCCUCGACCGCUCCGGCGUCCUCAAUUUCACUAGCCAGGGCGUUCUUCUCCUCCGAGACGGGGUCAACGGCGGGAUCGUUUGGUCGUCGGCCAAUUCGACUAAACCGCCAAAGAAUCCCACUGCCCAGCUCUUGGAUUCAGGGAAUUUCGUGGUCAGAGAUGGAAAUUCGAAUUCGGACGAUUACUUGUGGCAGAGCUUCGAUUACCCGACUGACACGACCUUGCCGGGGAUGAAGCUCGGGAGAAAUCUGGUGACCGGAAUGGACUGGUCGCUGACGUCGUGGAAAUCUCCCAACGAUCCGGCGAGAGGAGAAUUCAGCCUCGGGAUCGAUCCACGUGGCUACCCGCAGUUGGUCCUGAAACAGGGGAACAACACCAUAUACAGGGCAGGGCCCUGGAACGGGAACCGGUGGACCGGUUCGCCCAAGCAGCAAUCCAACUCGGUUUACGAUUACUGGUUCGUGUUCAACGAGAGGGAGGUUUACUUCGCGUUCGAGCUGAUCAACGAGUCGCUCUUGUCGAGAUACACGGUCACUGCCUCUGGAGCGACGGGGAGGUUCAACUGGAAGGAUGACAGGCGCGGUUGGGUUACUUAUUUUCUGAUGGGGGCCGACCAGUGCGACAUAUUCGCAAAGUGCGGUCCGACUGCUAUGUGCGACAUCGAUGGUACGAACUACUGUAAUUGUCUAGAUGGGUUCAAACCGAGUUCCACAACCGAUUGGAACGUUCGAGACUGGUCGGGUGGGUGCACCACGAAGGGUCCGCUGGGGUAUUGCAGAAAAGGGGAAGGGUUCGUUCGACUUCAGAAGGUGAAGUUGCCCGAUACUUCAGGUUCGUGGUUCGACAGGAAUAUGAGCCUCAAGGAGUGUAGGCAACGAUGUCUGACUAACUGUUCUUGCACGGCUUACACGAGUCUGGAUGUCACCCGUGGAGGGAGCGGGUGCUUGCUUUGGUUCGGUGGUUUGGUUGAUUUGAGAGCGUAUCCGGAUAAUGGGCAAGAUCUCUAUGUGAGGGUGGAUGCUUCAUAUUUAGCCUCUAUCAAGAAGAAAAAGAGGAAGGCUGUGGGGAUGAAGAUUGCAAUGUUGAUAUCUUUAGUAGCAUUGGUGGUGACAGUAAUCAUGUUGGGAUGGAGACUGUGUCUUAGGAAAAUAAAACAGAGAUAUCAAGGAAAAAAGAAAUAUCGAGCCAGAAAGGGUUCCAACAAUGAUGAUUUGGAGCUGCCAAUGUUCGAUUUUAUCACAAUUACGAGUGCAACAAGUAACUUCUCAGAUGAUUGCAAGCUUGGAGAAGGUGGAUUUGGACCUGUUUAUAAGGGAACAUUAUUCGACGGGCAAGUGAUAGCGGUGAAGAGGUUGGCGACGAGUUCUGGACAAGGGUUGGAAGAGUUCAAGAACGAGGUUGUGUUGAUCUCCAAGCUUCAGCACCGGAAUCUCGUAAGGCUACUAGGUUGUUGUAUUGAAGGGGAUGAAAGGAUGUUGGUGUAUGAAUACAUGCCGAAUAAGAGUCUGGAUUACUUCAUUUUCGACGAAUCAAGAAGCAAGCUUCUGGAUUGGGAGAGACGAAUCGACAUUAUCGAAGGGAUUUCCAGAGGGCUUCUGUAUCUGCAUCAGGAUUCCAGGCUAAGAAUAAUCCACCGAGAUCUAAAAACCAGCAAUGUCCUACUCGACAUUGAUAUGAACCCGAAAAUCUCCGAUUUCGGGAUGGCUAGAAUGUUUGGAGGGGAUCAAACCGAGGCUUGCACGAGCCGAGUCGUCGGAACAUUUGGAUACAUGGCUCCGGAAUACGCAAUAGACGGGCUGUUCUCGAUGAAAUCAGACAUCUUCAGCUUCGGAGUUCUGGUCCUUGAAGUGCUGAGUGGGAGGAAAAACAGGGGAUUUUUCACUAGUGAUCAUGGCCUCAACCUUCUUGGACAUGUGUGGAAGCUGUGGAUGGAAGAGAAGCCACUGGAGCUGGUGAAAGAAGAUCAAAGGCAGCUAGUGGUGGCUGAUUCAGGGCUUGCGGCGCUGAUAAAAAGACACAUUCAUGUGGGAUUGUUGUGCGUUCAACAGGAACCUGAAGAUCGUCCAAACAUGUCGACGGUGGUGCUGAUGCUGGGAGGAGACGGCUUGCUGCCGGAUCCAAAGCCGCCUGGGUUCUUUGCCGAGAGAAAAGUGCCUGAGACAGACUCUUCUUCUUCGUACAAUAAAUCACGUUCGAUAGGUGAAAUCACGGUGACGGAGUUCAUUCCCCGCUAGUGGGUGAAGAUGAUGAAAAACAGAAGGAGAUAAAAGAGCAUGAGGUGGCGAUUUUAUUGUGUUCUUGUGCGGAGUCUGUGUGUAACCCCUCUGUUUUCUGCAACAAGUGAGUAGAGCAAGUAAUAACAUACCCAUGAAUCCACAAAUCAGGAUGCAAAAUGGAAUAUCUUAUUUAGAGCUGAAAA